AUGGAUAUAAUAUCAAUGAAAGUAUUGAAUAGUAUAAGAUUAAAAGAGAGAGAAAAUGAAUUGUAUCGUAUUAUAAAGAGUAUUUUAAAAUCUGAAGGAUUUAUAGAACGGAUUUAUGGUCCACAACUACCUUCAAUAAAUUCUCUAUAUCCUAAUUAUACCAGAGAUUUAUAUAAUAUUACUGGUGUAGGAUUUGAUACUGCCAAUAGUACUGUAACUAGGGAUACAGAAUGUAUUGAGGAUACUAUAGAUACUACUGAUACUACUGAUACUACAGUAGAUGGAGUGAAUAAUAAAUUAUAUUGGAUAUGUGAAAUUAGAGAAGAAAUAAAUAGACCAAAAACUAAAAUAAUGACCUUAGAUAAGAAAUAUCAUGUAUGGGAUCGUGAAGAAGAUUUAAUGGAUAUUAAAAAUUAUUAUAAAGAAUUUUAUAAAUUUAUUGUCAAACCAUUACAAAAUAUUAAUUCAGAAAAUGAUUUAUUAAAUAAAUAUACUAAAUCAUUACAAUUCAUUAAAUAUUCCAAUACGGUGUCUCCCGUUACGGUGACUGGUCCACCAAACAGUACUAAUAGUAGUGAGGGUACUACUACUAAGGGUACUACUAAUACUACUAAUAAUACUAAUAGUACUACUAAGGGAGUAGAUGUUAAUGGUAUUGGAAUUGAAGAUAAUGUAGUUAAUAUAGAUGAAAAGAAAAUAUAUAAAAAUAAAAUAAGAAUAAUAAAAAUUUAUGAAUUUAAUAAAGAAUUAUUAAAUAAAUUUAAUAUUAAAUUUAAAUCAAACAAAUUUAAUGAAUCGAAUAAGUCAAUGGAAUCAAAUAAUUCAACUAAUUCACUGAAGUCAGUGGAAUCUUUGGAAGAUAUGGAAAUAAAAUUACCAAAUGAAAUUUAUAAAAAUUUAUUUGGUAAUUAA